ACAGAAAGUGCGCCACCGACCACAAUUUAUACAAUAACAGAACAAGAGGCGACAUCCAGUUCCAGCAGAGAUCCGUCAGGAUACCCCACGAUGACGACGAAGUCCGACACCGACACCGACUCCAACGACAAAUGAGGACAGAAUUUGCCAUCAUCAUCGACUGACAGGUGGAUUCGUACCGAACUGACCAGGUGCUCAGAACCGUCCGCGUUGUGUCGUCGUCGUCCGUCUUCGGUAUCGUCGUCGUUGUCGUAGCAGCAGGAACCAGGAAGGAAGGGGACAUUUUACUUUGGUAGAAUCAACCAGCGGCCGCGGAUAUUUACCCUCUGCUGAUGGUGCUCUCCCUUCCGCCGAGCCCCGCUGCGAGCUCGGAGUAAUGGAGCUACGCUGUUGAUGGUACCUUUCCGUCAGUCAACCACUCUUUAGGGGAAGGUUACACUAUACGGACUACAAAUUUACCCAUGUGUGGCGGCAGAAGUCAUUGUAUUGGUGGUAAUGGUAGCAGGAAUCGAACAAUACAACGGUUAUUUGUUUUUGCUUUUUUUAAGGGCUUGGUUGGUGGAAUAUAUUUUGGCCGUUUGGUUGGUUGGCUAAAGGCUGAUGUUGGGAAAUAAUAUUGGUGGAAGAGGAAGUGGCACGGUUCGGUUUGUUGGUGGAAGAAGAAAAAAGGACUCACCGCGCGACGACGUUGUGUAGUUCAGCAAAUAAUUUUUAGUUAGUCAUUCGUAGUCAAGGAUACAGUGCGUGUCGCCGUAGUAACCUCGAGGAUAACAACAAACUAAUUCCUGUUCUUUUGUUUUUUUCUGUUUUAUUUUUGUACUCAGAUUGGUUAUAUCCUUGGUUAUAUAGUGUCUUAAAAAGUAAAGUGUUUAUUCUAGCAACGAGAAGCUUACUGAUUACAACCAAAGGACGAAAAACCAAACCACUUACUUGCUCAUAACUCUCAAACUGAGUGCAGAAAUCUAAAUAUACAGUUUUCUAUUAUUCAUGGUGUUAUUUCAUUUGCUUUACCUUUGUUGUUGUUAUAGUCCUUGUUGUUGUUAGUGUUGGUGGUGCAUUUAAGUUUGUGAAUAUCCUUUGACGAUAGUAGUGUGAUAUCAUCAAGCACUAUAACUAUGCUCCCAAAGGAGAAAACACCGUCCGAAUCAGAGUGAAAUACUUUUGAUUUUAGUUAUCGACGUGAGCUUAAAGGAUUAACAUGGGUCUUCCAUAAGGACGAAACACAAAAAAGACACGCAAAAUAUAAAAUAUUACACACUAUUUAAACAAGGUGUUAAUAUAAGAAAUAGCUAUGAUCUUGUUGAUGGGAUCAACCUCUCACAUCAGUAAAAGGUUUUGAAGUGAAUUUCUCAAUUCAAGAGCAACUUUGUCCAAGUUUAAGUUCGAAUAUUAAUCGGAGUUCUUUUUUUUAAAUUUAUAAUUCAAAAAAUAAAACACCGAAACGAAAAAGGAGCUGUUUUUUGAAAAUUAUUUCUGCUUCUAUAAAAAAAGAUGGCGCCACACAAUUCAACUUUAAUUGACGAGAACUUAGGCGGAUUUCCGUCUUCGCUAGAUUUACGCCAUUAUAGUCCGAUUUUACGACCUGAAACUGACUUAACUAGACAUAACAGAGCCAUUUCAAUCCACGGUUCAAUUAGUACUUUGGAGCAAGGAAAUAAGGAAAUACCCAUUUGGGUUGAGAACAAACCCCGUUAUGUUGCCGGUGUUACCAGUCGAACAACCUGCAAUGAUAUUAUCAAAGCUUUGAUUGAUGAUGAAGUUAAAAAUGGAAACUAUGCCUACAACAAUCGUCGAGCAGAUGGCGUUGUUGAAUCGCGUGACUACAGUGAUUAUGUUAUAACUGAAUGUUGGCGUGGUGUUGAGCGUAGCUACGAAGGCAACAUGACUAUUUUGCCAGUUUGGAAAGCAUGGAGCCGUGUACACAAUGAGAUUCGUUUAUCACUCAAACGACAAUCUGAAGUUGCAACACUCUCCGAUAAAAAGACAAUAUCUCGAAGAGCUCUGACGUCAAUCCGAAAAUACAUCAAUAAGCUUUUGAAAUUAUUAACACGAAAGAAAAAGCCUUCCGAUAAAAAUACUAAACCAAGGACAAGUAGUAACGACAAUAAAUCGACCAAAAACUGUCAUGACGACGAUGACAACAAGAAUGAAAGUCAAGUUGAUGAAUUGAUUUUCGUGAUACUCCCGGAUAAGCAAUACAAUAAUCAGACAAUAACAAAAACUAACGAGGAGCGCCGAUUAAAAGAAAAACUCUAUCAACUCUCAGAACAGCCAAAGAAAAAACGCCGCAAUAGCGCCAGUAGUAGUUCUUCCAAACGUCAACGUACCCCAAUGAAAAUCGGAAAACAAAUUGAUCAUCAUAAUCGUAGACGCCGAGAUAUGCCAAUUCGAAGUUUACUUCGAAAUCAAAUAGCACAAAAAACUUCCGAAGUCGAUCAGCUGUUUAGCAUUGAAUCACAUUUGAUGAAAGAACUGUCAAAUAAAUGUCGUCAGUUUAGACAACAAAACGAAAUGUAUACGAAGGAAGAUCAUCAAUUGGAGAUUUCGAUUGGACAAAUUCAAAAUAGUAUUGAGCAAUAUGCUGAGGAGAUCUUAAAAACCGAAAGAGAACUCUUAGAGAUUAAAAAUGAAAUAAAACAUGACAUAUCGAUAAUAAAUAAUUUGAAAAGAAUGACAUUUGAAAAGCAGAAGGAUGUGGUGGUGAAUAGAAGAACUCCUAGUACUUGGAAUGCGCCAAAAAUCAAGGAUGUUCCUGAAAAUUUGAAUGAUAAAAAUAUGCAAUUUGUAGAUAAUAUUUAUGAAUUUUGCGAUAAUAAUGAGAGUAUGUUAGUUUAGACUAAAGUUAAAAUGUCUCCGUUUAGUUGGAGAAUAUAUUUUUAUAUUAAUUUAUUUCUUAAGUUUGCCAAAGUUUCCGAAACCUUUUAAUAAAGGAUGUACAUUUAACAUAUCCAUUUUUAUAUAUUUUAUACAAACUGUUAAUCUUAAUAAAUAUUCAUAUACAUAUUUACCUUUUUAAAGAA